AAUGACAAAGCAUAAGUCCCAUAGACACAAUUGGUGACAAAAGACUUGGCUCCAUUCCGAUGGUCCAAAGGCGUCAAUUUCAAUAACCCCCGCCGGCCCCAGCCUCAGCCACACCCCCACCGUGUGGCUUGCCACGGCGGAUAACCUGGUUCUUGGUCCCACCCUCCAUUCAAAAUACACACACCAACACCAUUUCAAAAGUCCCACUCAUAUUUCGAUUUUGGAAUCCUCCGAGCGGCAAAAACAGCCGCCACGUGACUCUAAAUGUCCUCCUCCUCCGCCGCUCGCCGCUCCUCCAUCUCCCCAUUCCGCUCCCGGAAAGCCCCUCUGCUGCCCCCCAACAUUUCCGUCCGACCCGCCACGCCGUCCUCGUCCUCGACGCCGGCCGCGGCUACGCCUCCCCGAAAAGCUAAGGAGAAUGUCACUGUUACUGUGCGGUUUCGACCUCUCAGUGCUCGAGAAAUUAGUAAAGGCGACGAAGCUGCCUGGUAUGCUGAUGGAGACUACACCGUUCGCAAUGAAUUCAAUUCCGACAUUGCAUAUGGCUUUGACAGAGUAUUUGGUCCGGCAACAACUACUCGCCAUGUUUAUGAUGUCGCAGCACAGCAUGUUGUUGGUGGUGCCAUGGAAGGAAUAAAUGGCACAGUGUUUGCAUAUGGUGUUACUAGCAGUGGGAAGACACAUACGAUGCAUGGGGAGCAAAAAUCACCAGGAAUCAUUCCGCUGGCUGUUAAGGAUGUCUUUGGGAUUAUACAAGAGACCCCUGGACGGGAGUAUCUCCUCAGAGUUUCAUAUCUGGAAAUUUAUAAUGAGGUAAUCAAUGACUUACUUGAUCCCACCGGACAGAAUUUGAGGAUACGAGAAGACUCUCAGGGCAUAUAUGUAGAGGGAAUAAAAGAAGAAGUUGUUCUUUCUCCUGCUCACGCACUUUCAUUGAUAGCAUCUGGUGAAGAGCACAGGCAUGUGGGUUCUAAUAACUUCAAUUUACUCAGCAGUCGAAGCCACACCAUUUUCACUUUGACUAUUGAGAGCAGUUUACGUGGGGGAAAUGAAGGAGAAGAAGUGACUUUAUCACAGUUGCAUUUAAUUGACUUGGCAGGAUCUGAGAGUUCCAAAACAGAGACCACUGGACUGAGGAGAAAAGAGGGUUCAUACAUAAAUAAAAGCUUACUUACUCUUGGCACUGUAAUAUCCAAAUUAACUGAUGGAAAAUCCACUCAUAUACCAUAUCGAGAUUCAAAACUUACACGCUUAUUGCAAUCAUCUCUUAGUGGCCAUGGUCGAGUCUCUCUUAUUUGCACGGUGACACCAGCCUCCAGCAAUGCUGAAGAAACACACAAUACUCUUAAGUUUGCUCAACGUAGUAAGCGUGUUGAAAUCAAGGCCUCUCAAAAUAAGAUUUUGGAUGAGAAGUCUCUCAUUAAGAAGUAUCAGAGAGAAAUAUCCAACUUAAAGCAAGAGCUUCAGCAAUUAAAGCGUGGCAUGAUGGAGAAAGAAAAUUUAAUGGCACCAAGCCAAGAAGAUCUAGUAAAUUUGAAACUCCAGUUGGAAGCAGGGCAGAUUAAGCUGCAGUCAAGACUGGAAGAGGAGGAACAAGCCAAAGCCGCUUUGAUGGGUAGGAUUCAGAGAUUAACCAAGUUGAUCUUGGUUUCUACCAAAACUACUAUCCAGCCCAAUGUCCUUGAGAAAACCAGCCACAGGCGAAGGCAUUCAUUUGGGGAAGAUGAGCUAGCCUACUUGCCAGAUAGAAAACGAGAAUGCCUAAUUGAUGAUGAUGAUGGAAGUAUCGAUUCUGAAAUAUCUUUUGAUGGAAGGAGUGGUGCCACAAAUCUUGAUGAGCUGGUCAGAGAUUACAAAAGGAACAGGAGGAGAGGGAUGCUUGGCUGGUUCAAACUAAAAAAGCCUGAGAAUGUUGUAUCACCGAGUGCUGAUUAUGAGAGUUCUACAAGUGGUUCGCCUGCUUCCUCGUCAAAAUCAUCCCAACGCAGAGUUAUGUUUAGUGAUAUUAAAGAUACACAGAGGAAAUCAAUCAGUAGAAAAGUAGAUAAUGCUUCUUCUACUGAUUCUUUUCCUGAAAGAACUCAAGCAGGUGAUUUGUUCAGUGCAGCUGUUGGUGUCCGACAUCUCCCGCCGACUGGGAGCACCAUCACAGAUCAGAUGGAUCUUUUCCGUGAGCAGAUAAAGAUGUUGGCUGGCGAGGUGGCUUUAUCUACCAGUUCUCUGAAAAGGUUGACGGAACAAGCAGCUAAGAAUCCUGGUGACUCCAAACUUCAGGAAAACAUACAAACAUUGAAGGAUGGAAUAAGAGAAAAGAAGCUUCAAAUGCGAGUUCUAGAGCAGCGCAUGCUUGGAUCGGUGGAGAUAUCUCCUUAUGGUUCAAGUGUUGUUGAGAUGUCUCAGGCUCUGUCCAGGCUUGCUACUCAACUAAAUGAAAAGACAUUUGAACUUGAGAUCAAAUCAGCAGACAACAGGGUCCUCCAGGAGCAACUACGAGCAAAGACAUUGGAGAAUACCGAGGUGCAAGAAACCAUCACUCUGUUAAGGCAGCAGCUUGAUUCUUUGAUGUCAAAUAAAAAUCCAAGAAGUGCAGAUAGCAGCACUAGGAUGAACAGCUCCGAAGAAUCCUUGGACAUUAUAAAUGGAAGGGGUUACGAGAUUUAUUCAUGUGAAGGCACAUCUCUGGAUGAAAAUACACCAACUAGUGUUGGGAGCUUGAAUAGAACAUUCAAUUCUGAGAAUCCUAAAGAGUGCAAUGCCGACGCAGUUUCGAAGUCUCAGCUUCUUGUGCAGGCUGCUGAAAUUGAGUCACUGAAGCAAGACAAAGUAAGACUUAUCGAAGAGAAGGAUGGACUAGAAAUUCACUGCCAAAAGCAAACUGAGGAAGCUUGUUAUGCAAAAGAACUUGCUGCUGCAGCAGCAGUUGAGCUCCGGAACUUGGCAGAAGAGGUAACAAAACUCUCCUACCAAAAUGCCAAACUCACUGCUGAUCUGGCAGCAGCAAGAGAUGUCCGUUGUAAAGCAAACUGCUGUCAAAAGUCUGCUGCAAUUGAUAUGAAGCAAAACGGAGUUAGUGGUACCAGAUCUGAUCCAAGAUUUAGAAAGCCGGAGGAUAGAUUAUCUAUGGAGGAGUUUGAGCUGGAGCUGAAUGCAAGAUACCAAAGAGAAGCUUCUUUGGUUGCUGCAUUAUCUGAAAGAGAUAAAAUAGAGGCUGAUCUGCGAAAGAGACUUGACGAUGCAAAGAGGCAUGAAGAGAAACUAGAAAAUGAGCUCGCAAACAUGUGGGUUUUGGUUGCGAAAUUGCGCAAGUCUACUUCUGGUUCUGAGGAGACUUCAAUUCUGGGGCAUGAUGUAUGUAACAUAUCAGGCAGUAAACUUAUAAAUGAAUUUGCAUCGUCUGAUGGCCAGCCUAUGACCAAAUUUUAUGAGGAUGGAGAAAACGAAAUUGCUGAAUCAGUAUGCUCAGCUGAGGAGUUGAAAGCUUGCUAUCGAUUUGAAAGGAGAAAGUUCAAAGACUUCGAGGGUAUAACUUUGAAGCUAAAGGGCUCAAAUAACCUUAUAUAAUUUUUCCAAGUAAGAAGAUCCCAGUUUGGCUAUCCAAUAUUGACUCCUUCCUUUCCAAGCUGAGUAACCAGUGAGUGCCUUGAUGGCUUGGAUUUGAUUCACAGUCCUAUAGCUCAAG